AAGUGUGUGGGCGGCGGCGGCGCUUCCGGUUCCGGCGGCGGCCGUGCGGGGGAGGCAGCGGCGGCGGCGGCGGCGGCGGCGGCAGCAGCGAGGCGAGACCCACAUCGGCACCGCGGCCCGGCCGCGCUCCGCCGCCCUCCGCCCCCCCGCUCCGCCCCCGCAGCCAGCAGGAGGGAGAAAAUGAAAGCGGGCUGCAGCAUCGUGGAUAAGGCAGAAGGAGGAGGAGGUUAUCACUUCCCCGAGUGGGCGUACAAGACCGAGUCGAGCCCCGGCUCGCGGCAGAUCCAGCUCUGGCACUUCAUCCUGGAGCUGCUGCAGAAGGAGGAGUUCCGCCAUGUCAUCGCCUGGCAGCAGGGCGAGUACGGGGAGUUCGUCAUCAAGGACCCCGACGAGGUGGCGCGGCUGUGGGGCCGGCGGAAAUGCAAGCCCCAGAUGAACUACGACAAGCUGAGCCGGGCCCUCAGAUACUACUACAACAAGAGGAUCCUCCACAAGACUAAAGGCAAAAGGUUCACCUACAAGUUCAACUUCAACAAGCUGGUGAUGCCCAACUACCCCUUCAUCAACAUCCGUCCCAACGGUGUGGUGCCGCAGAGCGCUCCUCCUGUCCCCACGGCCUCGUCCCGGUUCCAUUUCCCACCGCUGGACAGCCACUCUCCCACCGAGGAUGCCCAGCCCGGCCGCUUCUCCGGCCCCUCCCUGGUCCCUUCCAACCCAGAAGCUUUGGGAGACGGCGGCGAGAGGAAGCCCGAGCUGCCGGAGCUGGAGGACGGCUCCUCGGAUUGGCGCCGCGGCGUGGAUCUCAUGGCCUCGCGCAACGCCGUGGGCGCCGGGGGCAUCAACCACCAGAAGCGCAAGCCCGAAAUCAUGCUGCCCCUCUUCACCAGGCCCGGGAUUUACCCGGAUCCUCACAGCCCCUUUGCUGUGUCCCCUCUGCCGGGCCGCGGCGGGGUCCUCAACGUCCCCAUCUCGCCCGCCUUGUCCCUGACGCCCACCCUCUUCUCCUACAGCCCCUCUCCAGGCCUCAGCCCCUUCACGGGCAGCAGCUGCUUCUCUUUUAACCCCGAGGAGAUGAAACACUACCUGCAUUCGCAAGCUUGCUCGGUCUUCAACUACCACCUGAGCCCGCGGACUUUCCCCCGCUAUCCGGGGCUCGUGGUCCCGCCACUACAGUGCCAAAUGCCCCUGGAGGAGCAGCCCCAGUUCCCCAUCAAGCUGCAGCCUCCCCCCGUCGGGCGCAAAAACAGGGAGAGACUGGAAAGCGCCGAGGAGUCGGCCACCCCCCAGCUCGCCAGUCCUCCCCCCAGGGUGAAGGUCGAGCCCUCGGUGGACAAGGAAGCCGAGCGCGAAGAGCCGCCCGCCAAAGGGAAAGACAAAAACGAGAAGGAGGAAGGCUCCGGCAUGGCAGCAGCGCCCGGCGUCGGCCUGGAAGAGGAGAAAGGCCCCGUGUUUGCCAGACCGGCCGCCCCAUCCUGGCACCCAACCCCCCCAACCUCCAGCCAGGCCGCCUUCCCGGCCGAAGAGCCGCAGGAGCAAGGGGAGAGCAGCGGCGAGAAGGCGCCCAGAGAGCCCGCCGGAGAGCCGGGGGCUCAGGAGAAGAGGGAGGACGCCCUGAUGCCCCCCAAGCUGCGUCUGAAGCGCCGCUGGAACGGGGACCGGCAGGCGGACCCCCCCGAGGAGCGCCCCAACGGCCGCCUCCACUGGCACGGGGCGCUGGGCAGCCCCCACCUGGCGGCCGGACCCAAGGCCGUGGCGGCCGCCGCCGCCUCCGACGCCUAAAACGGGCCGGGGCUGAGCCGGCCGUGUAUUUAUGUAGCAAGGUUGCAGAGCGUUGGGGAGGGGGGGUUAAAAAAAAAAAAAAAUACAGAAAAAAACAAAACACGGGUGGGCCGGGGAGGGUUGUGGGGGGGGGGGGUGCUGGGGGCUAGACUGGUUUGGUAAUCGUAGAGACUAGGGGGUUGUGUUCUUUGUUUUCCUUGUUGACUUGCAGGUGAGACGCGGUUGUCUCGUUCCGAGUAGGAGAGGCGAGGGCAGGCGUUGAGCUGCGGACUCCGGAGGGGGUCGAGGAGGCCUCCCCCCCCCCAACCCCCCCGAGGCGGAGGGACUCCAGGCGCAGCCUCUUUUCCGUGUGCUCUAGUAUUUAUAGAAGCGGCAAUCUCGGAAUUCAUCUAGUUCCCUUUUUUUUUUUUUUUUGGUGUUGUUGUUGUUAUUCUUUUGGUUUUGAUUUUUUUUUUUUUGACGGAGUCCGGCGCGAUGGCGGGAGAGGAUUUCCUGACGCUCCGAGAUGCGCCGGGAGGGGCAGGGGAGAGGAAAUCUCCGAUCCCACACGGUCCUCGCGCCGCAGCCGGGCACAGGGGGGGGGACAUCUCCGAGCCCCCCCCCAGGCAGCGGGGAGGUGGGACGGCGGCGAGCGGGUCCCGGGAGCGCUCCGGGCUAGGGCUGGCGUCCUUUUUUUUUGGCCUUUCAGAAAUAGUGCAGAAGCCAUGAGCAGAUCGCAGAAUCUUUCAGGGAAGGGAGUGGGGUGGGAAAAAAAAAAAAAAAAUUAACCCGAUGCCUUUAAUACAUGCAUUAAAAUGUACCCUAGGUUGUUUUUUUUUUUUGUUUUUUUUUUUUUUUUUUCUUUUCGUAAUUGUAUGGGUGGAGCUGGGAGUGAUUGGAAGAUUAACACUGAAACGAUUGUGGUGAGUUCAUAGAGAAGGAAUGACAGGAGCUUUGUUCAAUCCUAUUUCCUUUGUUUGGUUCCCCUAUCACUUUGACUCAUGCCUUAACUAAGUCUGUGUACACUUUAGGAGAGCAGGGGCUGCUGACAGGAGGAGCCCGUGCGGGUGCCAGGGGCGCGUGGCCGAGCUCGGGCUCCUUGGUGAGGGGGGGCUGAGCCUGGUGGCUGCAGGAGCCCCCCCCCGGGGCAGCCGGGAGCUGCUCUCGAGGCGUUGUCAGCGUCGAUCUCGCUGCGGUUUUGCUCGAAAUUUUUCUCUUUUCCCUCCGUGGCCGCGUCUCUCGUUAGGCUGAUUUAACUCAGGCUCCGGAUUUACGCCGAGGAAACGCGGCUCCCUCCCGCUGCCAUCAGGACGGAUCGCGAACGAUUCCUUGAAAGGAACAUUUUUAAAAAAAACAAAAACAAAAAUGGGUAGAGCCGAAUCCACGGCGCGACGAAUUCCACGCGGUUCCCGGCCAGCGCCUCGUGCGGGCGGAUUUCUGCAGUCGAGGGCUCAGGAACUGGUGAAAAAAGGGCAGGGAGCGCGAGCACCAGGGUGUUGGCGUGCGCUGGUAGGCAGGGAAACGCCGGCACCGCACGAGGAAGGGGCUCAGGGGGAGCCGGGGAGGGGGCUACGGCUUGUGUCCCCCCCCCAAACCCCAAGCCCGGGCUGCCUCGUCCCCCUGAUUUACCUCCGAGGCCCGGAGGAGCGGGGAGGGAGCCCCUGGGACCCUCGCCCUCCUGUCCCUUCCCCGCAGCCCCGCCGUCAGCGUGAACUCAGGAAUUAGAAACACGAGGCCUUUGCCCCCCCCACCCUAUAAGCGUCUCGGCGCCCCCCCCCCCCCUCGUGACCCAAGUGCCGGAGCCCGCGGGUGCUGCUCCCAUUCGGGGGGGGCACCGCCUUGGUCGCACUUCUUUAAGGUGGAAAAAAAAGAAAAAAAAAACCCAAGAAACGAAUGGAGUUGGACCGUCGUUUUGGCUUUAAAACCCUUCGGUUUGGGGGCUGGGGUAUUUUUGUUUUUUUUUUUUUGGGGGGGGGGGGUUGUUUCUUCAUAGCCAUUGCACUGCAAACCGGGAGCUCCGCGUUCAGGGAUAAAGGACUCAGGUUCUCAGGACAACGGACCAGGGACCGGCUGCGGGCGGUGGGCUGCGCCUCGGGGUACGGGGGGGGGGGACCAGGAACCCCCCCCUCCCCCAAAAAAAAAAACAAAAUAAAUCCCCGGCAGUGCCACCCAUGUCCCCGCUGGCUCAGGGGUCACCGCGGUGCAAGGCUGGGGCUCCUCCCGGCCAGGCGGCGUCGCCCCGAGGGGGGGGGGGAGCACGCUUAUAAAUAACGUUUUAAAUAAGAAAAGGAAAAAAAAAAAAAUUAUAUAUAUUCCGAUGUGCCAAAAUAUUUAAACUUGUAAAGUUUAAAUGGUUGAGAUCUCAACGUCCACCUGUAUUAAUUAAUCAAGAGCAUGUUAAUGUUUAAACCAUUGUUUUUUGUUUUUUUUUUUUUUUGCUUUGUUUAGUCGUAGAGAAUCUGUAGGAAAAGAGACUUUAAUCGGACAACCAGCCGCCAAGCCGAGAGUUUUGGGGGAAAAAAUAACCCGAUCAAGACAGGGCAGGGAGGAUUAGCCACGCGUCUGCCCGGAGCGGUGAGCACGUCCCGCGGACCCGCCGGGCCCCGAGACUCCAAGCGCUGCAGCCCCCGACCUGGACCCCCCCCACCCCGUGAUCCCCACGGGGGUCUCGGCACGGCCACGGGGGCGCACGGCGGAGGAGCCCCCCCCCAGAAGCAUUAACCACGGCGGCGGCCCCCUGGGUCCCCGCGGGACCUUUCCAGCCCGCGCUCGGUUGUCCCUUGUUUUUAUUUAUUCCAUAAUUAUGUUUUUUUGUUUGUAAAAUAACUUUUUUUUCUUUUUUUUUGUCUUAUGGAUCCUGGUGGGUUUUAAAAAAAAAAAAAAAAUGAGUUUCUUUUGGUUUGAAAUAAUCGUAAUCAGAUUUGUUUUUCGAGACAAAGUUCGAUUUUAGAGUGUUUUUAAGGAGAGCGUAUUUACCGAUAGAAAAUUUUCUUUUUUUUAAAAAAAAAAAAACACUUUUCCUGAGGCAUGUUCUUUGACUUUCCUAGACUCGAUUCAGCAGGGAUUAGUAGGGAUGCAUACACAUACGGGCGGGGACUUGGUUGGCUUGAGCUGUCCACGGCGAGCAGGAUGAGCAGUGUGUGUGUAUAUGUACAUAACAAUGUAAAGUAGUCCUUAAAUACUCCAUUGUGCAGUGCCUUUAGACGUUCCACUUUCUAUAAAGUCUUCAAAAAAAAACAAAAAGUUUGCAUAUAUAUAUUAUAUAUAUAUGAUGUAAUGUUAUAGAAAUAUAUGUAUAAUAUACAUAUUUUUUCCAGGGGUAUCUGAUAGCUCUGUAUUUUGUUAUGGAAGUUGAAAGAAAAAAAAAAAAAAGUAUUUUACCUCAAAUUAAAAGUUAAAUAAACCUUUUAAAUAAGCA